CUCGAGCGUCACAGGUGGAAGUCAAUCUAAUGGCUGAUCUUUGUGCAUGAGUUUGCCGUUGUGUGCAUGUGUGACUGGUGGUUGCUUUGGCUCUGGGUGUGUGUGUGUGUGUCGUUUCUCUCUAACCUCCCUUUUUCUCGACACCAUGCGCUUCUUUCAGAUCAGCAGAUGCAUCUUUGUCUCAGAAGCAACAUCACAGCUGUGAAGCAUUGAAAUACGUACAAUUCCCCUCCCAGCUCCUCGCCGCUAAGCUAAAACUCCCGAAAGACGCGAUUCGACUUAGAGCGGCCGUCUGACCUGGAACCCAACAGCAAACCAGAAUAAAAAGAGUUUUCUUCACCAAUAUUCGUCCAGAACUUCAAGACCAGGUUCAGAUUGACUCCUCCCAAGCCUCAACAUGUCCGUCGACCCCGCGGUCGAGCUGCCCUUCUUCUACGGCAGUAUCAGUCGCUCGGAUGCCGAGCAGAGCCUGAAGCUGGCCGGCAUGUCGGACGGCCUCUUCCUGUUGAGACAGUGCCUCCGCAGCCUUGGAGGCUAUGUCCUGUCUGUGGUCUGGAAUCUGGAGUUUCACCACUACACCGUAGAGAAACAAAUGAACGGGACUUACUGCAUCUCCGGAGGGAAGCCUCACUGCGGCCCUGGGGAGCUCUGCGAGUUUUACAGCAAGGACCCCGACGGGCUGGUGUGUCUCCUGAAGAAGCCAUGUCUGCGUCCUCCGGAGAUGCCCAUAAAGGUCGGCGUUUUCGACAAAAUGAGGGAGAACAUGCUGAGGGAGUACGUCAAGCAGACCUGGAACCUGGAGGGAGAAGCCAUGGAGCAGGCUGUCAUCAGUCAGGCUCCUCAGCUUGAGAAGCUGAUUGCCACCACUGCCCAUGAGCAGAUGCCCUGGUAUCACGGAAAUAUCACUCGAGUCGAAGGGGAAAGGAGGCUUUACUCUGGAGCACAGCCAGACGGCAAGUUUCUUGUCAGAGACAGAAAGGAGGCUAAUUCGUUUGCUCUCUCUCUGAUGUACGGGAAAACGGCUUACCACUAUCAGAUCCAGCAGGACAAAUCAGGGAAGCUGGCUAUGCCGGAGGGUACAAAGUUUGACACACUGUGGCAGCUGGUCGAGUAUCUGAAGAUGAAGCCUGAUGGUCUGGUAACUGUCCUGGGGGAGGCCUGCGUCAACGGCAAAACUGUAGAACAGAAACCCAGUGUUCCUUCAGAAAGGCGAGGUGGAGGUCGACGGAAUCCAUACACACCACCACCUGGAGCUGCUGCGCUGACCUCAAAACCAGCUACUUCUGUGCCUAAAGAGUGCGACCUUCUGCCCAUGGAUUGUGAUGGAUUUAACCCAUAUCACAACCCGAAUGAGAUCAAGAAAUUCAACAUCCAGCGGGACCAGCUGAUGAUAGACGAGGUGGAACUCGGCUCUGGAAACUUUGGCUGUGUGAAGAAGGGAGUCCUCAGGAAAGAAUCAGGCCAGGUAGAUGUGGCCAUCAAGGUGCUGAAGAGUGAAAAUGAAAAGGUGGUGAAGGAUGAGAUGAUGAGGGAGGCAGAGAUCAUGCACCAGCUGGACAACCCGUUCAUCGUCCGCAUGCUGGGCCUGUGCAACGCCGAGCACCUGAUGCUCGUCAUGGAGAUGGCUGCAGCCGGUCCCCUCAACAAGUUCCUCUCCGCCAAAAAGGAAACUGUGUCUGUGGAGGACAUCGUCAACCUGAUGCACCAGGUAUCGAUGGGGAUGAAGUAUUUGGAGGAGAAGAACUUUGUGCACAGAGAUCUGGCAGCUCGCAACGUCCUGCUGGUCAACCAGCAGUUCGCCAAAAUCAGUGACUUUGGGCUUUCCAAGGCGCUGGGAGCAGAUGACAACUACUACAAAGCUCGUACAGCAGGUAAAUGGCCACUGAAGUGGUACGCUCCAGAAUGUAUAAACUUCCACAAAUUCUCCAGUAAAAGUGACGUGUGGAGCUUUGGCGUCACCAUGUGGGAGGCGUUCACCUAUGGAGGAAAACCCUACAAGAAAAUGAAAGGUCAGGAGGUCACGGCCUUCAUUAACAACGGGGGCCGUAUGGAGCGUCCACCAGCGUGUCCAGAGAGGAUGUACACACUGAUGAGAGAGUGCUGGACACAGUCCCACGAGGAUCGCCCCGACUUCAAGAAGGUCGAGGAGUCCAUGAGGACUUAUCAUUACUCCAUAUCCAGCAAGGCCAAGCCUGAUGGAGCCGAAGCUGCUGCCAUGCCUAGCAAGUAGACAGGAAGACAGGCGCAUUCUGUCCCACUGCUGCACAAAGCAUCCUUUCAACCAAACGUUAAACUACCAAGACAAAAGGCAUUUCAUGAGCGGUGCAUAAUGAUGAGCUUUGAAUGCCGAGCAGAUACAGCUAAACGGGCCUCAUUGACAAUAAAUGUGCAUUUGUAAAUUGUUCCUGGGUGUUUCAGCUGUGUAAGGAGGGUUGCUGUAGGUUUGUGUGUCUGUCCUGGUCUGAAUGUUAAGUGUCUUUGCAUUGAUGACAGAACUAAUUCUGUAUUCUGGUAUUUCUAGACUGUAAUGGGACUCUAUGGCACAUGAAGAAUUUUUUUUUUUCUGUACUUCCACUUUAGAGCAGUUUGUCUGUUUUUAUGCCAAAUAAAGUAAAACUAACAAAAAAUAGAUCAUUUGAGUCAGAAUUUGAUGCUAAGUGAUUCAUAUAUUUGUAAUGGGCACCAUAGAAAAUACAAAAAUAUGUUUGUAGAGUUUAUGGGAGUGUAACUGUGUGUAACAAUUUUUGUCAUCCAUUUUUUAUUCUAAAGCCAUCUUGGCUUGGUCCGCUGGGUUCACCGUUGUAUGCGCUGUACAGUAACUACUGGGAACUACAAGUGUUUUGUUACUAGCUUUGUUGUUCCCAACUAUCACAUUUUAAAGUGAAUUAAUCUUGGAUUGCUUUAAAAUAUUUCUGAAUUCUUAAAUUACCAAAUUAAGAUUAUUGAAACUAAACUUUGAGAUGGAUUCCAGCAAAACCGUUUUGAGGUAUGACAGUUUGAGAUCCUGGAACAUUCAGUUUUUCAGGAUUUAAGGAUGCUAUUACAGUGGCAUAAAUGGUUAUUAUUUUUAAAACUUUAACCCACCAGGGGGAUUUUGAGGGGAUUUUGUGAAAAGCAGUUCUUCUAAGGGAGAAGUCAGAUCUGGUUUGCUUGCCUGCACAGCAACCAUCUCAUUAUCUUCAUAGUUCAUAAGUGGGGGUUGAAUGGAACAGGAAGUACAUAGGUAGAGUGGGGAACUAGCUGCAAUUAUAUGAACACUGUACCAGCCUGCUGAGGAGAAAAGAGAUGUGAGCCGCAAGGUAAAACUCUGACUUUCUCAGUUAAAUUAUAGGGAGAACCUGUAAACUACAUGCAGAAAAACUCCAGACUGGGAUUUAAACCCAGGGCUUUCUUCCAGCACAGAAACAGUGCAUUGAAUUAAUGUUUUACUUUUCAUUAAGAUAUAAAACUCUCCUACAUUAGUUUAUGUGUUUCUUUUUUGUGCGUCUGCUCUGUCUCCUCAAACUCCCACCUGGUCGCUCGUACUGAGAUCUGCUGGAGGUUUCUUCCUGUUAAAGGGAAGUUUUUCCUCUCCACUGUCCCCACAACAUCUAUUUACAGUAUGGAGGAUUCUUAUAAAAUCAACAACACUAUACACGCAAUUGUUUACUGUCACUACGCGCUCGUGAAUACUGCAAGUCAUUCACUUAAUCAAUCUAAUUUCAUUAGAUAGAACAUGUUUUGAACUAAUUUGAAUCAUAAACUGAACUUAAUGCACUCUUUAAUAACCAGGAUCAACAGGAAUGUGGGUAAGAUUGAAUGGAAAUUAUGUAUUUUGUGAAUGAAUUAUUAAUUAUUGAUUAACUUAUGGGUUUUUUAAUUUAACUGAAACUGAACGUUGACAGGUAAGUGGGAGGAAACUUCAAUGUAGAUCACAAAUUUCCUUGAGGAACUAUUAUUUCUGAAGUGGGAACGCUUCAUUUACACAAAAAAAUUAGUUAUUAAGAACUUCAGGACUUCAUUUCUACUUUCUUACUUUUUUGUCCUGGACCAGUUACCUUUGCAACUCGACCUCAACUACG